UGCAGGUUCCAACAAUGGCCAGAAUACCACCCAUCUUUGCUACACAACUCAUAGUUCUCUCCCUUCUUUCUUCCUUCGCCCUCAUUCUGGUCCAGGGAGAAGAUAAUCACGAUUUCGUGAGAGCCAUGGACCGGGAUCUCUUGGGGCUCAAGAAAGAAAAGCUCAGUCACUUCCGGUUGUACUGGCAUGACAUUGUCAGCGGCAAAAACCCAAGCUCAAUCGGAGUGGUGAAAUCACCCGGUAACUCAUCAACAUUCUUCGGAGCCGUGAGCAUGAUUGACAAUCCCCUCACCGAAAAGCCGGAGUUGAGCUCAAAGCUGCUGGGGAGGGCUCAAGGAUUCUACGCAUUAGCUUCCCAACACGAGUUCGCGCUGUUGAUGGCCAUGAACUUUCAUUUUGUUCAGGGAAAGUAUAAUGGGAGCACCAUAACUGUGCUGGGGAGGAACCAGGUAUUCAACGAAGUGAGGGAGAUGCCGGUGAUCGGAGGAAGCGGGCUUUUCAGGUUUGCAAGGGGUUAUGUUGAAGCAAGAACUCACACAUUCACUCCGAGCACCGGAGAUGCCAUCGUCGAGUACAAUUGCUAUGUGCUCCAUUAUUGAUGCUUCUUUCAUGUUUUUUUCUUUCUUCCUUUUGGUUUUAUCUUCGUGCUGUUGUAUUCUUUUUAGGUCAUGUCAGCUACCCACCUCUGCCUACUUUCAAGUUUAGCGGUUGGUUGCUAGCUAUUACCAUCUUUGUACAAGUGAGGGUAUAACCAGUAUAAUAAACAGACGCAUGCAUUUUUACCAU